AUGAGCAAGAAUUUAACUUAUUUUCGUGUUCUUCAACUUUAUAAACGUAUUAUAAAAUUAUCUCAUUCAUGGCAAGCAAUUGAUCAUCCAUCAAAAACAUAUGAAGAACAAAAAUAUAUUCGUAAUGAAGCUCGAGAACUUUUUAGAAAAAAUAAACAUGUAACUGAUCCAACUGAAAUCGAAGAACAUAUUCGUGAAGGUGAAGCACGUAUUGAACUAGCUUGUCAUUAUAGAAAUCCAUAUCCACGACUGGUUAAUUUACCAACAUAUUCUUUACCACCUAGUCAUAAUCGUAUUCGAUUUAAAAGUGAAUAUGAAAUAGAACAUAUAUCAAGACCAAUUUAUCUCAAAUCAUAUGAAAUUAAAGAAGAACUAUCUGAUAGUGAAGAACAAUCUAAAACAAAUCAAUCAUAA